CCUGUUUCUAUUCAUUCACACCCUGUCCACCAUGGCAUCCUUCGCACGCAUCGCCCUUUCACGGGCUAUGAAGCCCACCUCGGUCGCACGUCUAUCGCCCACUUGGGCUGCAAGACGCACCUAUGCCACGCCCAUCAACGGAGCGUCAAACAGCUCACAACAGCCCGCCAGGAACCUUGCUGCUGAGGCUCUUGCUCAAAAGACCGGCCAUAUCCCUACUCAGCCCACUGCACCCAAGGGAAAGAACAAGCCGUCGAAGAUCGAAAAGACCCCCACCAACCCUGCUAUCUACGCUCUCUAUGCGCUUUUGGGGAUCACGACUGUCGGACUCGCCUACAACGUCGGAUGCCCAUAUCCGGACGAAGAAGGAGUCAAGGAUGCAGAGAAGCACCCGGACGAGGCAUUUUUGGCGGGAUACAUUCGCAGAGCACAGGAGCGGUACCAUGCAGCCCGCGACAAGAUGUCGAACCCGAUCUGGGACAAGUUGUUGCCCGAUCCUCUUCCUGCACCUUACCAGCAGCCUUACACCCUCGUUAUUAACCUUGACAACACUCUAAUCCACUCUACCUGGGACAAGGAUCAUGGCUGGAGAGUUGCUAAGCGUCCUGGAGCUGAAUACUUUUUGGCGUAUCUGUUCCAGCACUAUGAGAUUGUCAUCUUCACCACCCAGACUGCUGAUACUGCACUUCGUAUCUUGGACAAGCUGGAUCCUUACCAAUAUGCACCAUAUCGCCUGUUCAGGGAGAGCACACGCUAUAUCGAUGGCAAACAUGUCAAGGAUUUGUCACAUCUGAACCGCGAUCUGUCUAAGGUCAUCAUUAUGGAUUCGAACCCUGAUGCGUACUCUCUUCAGCCCGAAAACGCGAUUGCGAUGAAGCCAUGGACUGGCGAUCCAAACGAUACUGAGCUCGUUGCCAUGAUUCCUUUCCUCGAGACUCUCGCGUUGACCGAGGUCGAAGACGUUCGUGCUCCUUUGGCCAAAUUCCGCGGCAAAAACAUCCCAGUGGAAUUUGCCAAGUGGGAGGAGGACUUGAAGGAGCAGAUGCGUUUGCAGUGGGAGGAGGAACAGAAGAGCAAGAAGGGCAAAGGCUUCGGUAUUUUCCGUGUGGGAGGACAGCAGCAGGAGCAGCCGCCUAUGCCAUUGUUUGAGGUCCAGCGCCAGCAGUUCCAGGAGCACUUUAUGCGUACACAUAAGGCUGUGGAGGAGGAAGCUGCACAGAACUUGAAGAAGCAGAAGGAACUCGAAAGCAAGCUCAAGUCGAUGAAGAUCUCUGUAUGGGACAUCAUGACCAAGGGUGGUCCUGACCCGGCUGCAUUGGCUGCAUUGGCGGCGGAAGAGUCGGAUGCACCAGCAACAGGAUCAGCAGCAGCAGCAGCAGAGACAUCUCAGGCUCCAGUAGCCAGCAAAUAGAGUUGAUGUUCGAUAGAGGAUGUACGAGAGCAUUCUUCUUAUUUUUUUUUAAUCGAUCGCAUUCUACCAGGAGAAUACAAUAAAGGACGUAUCUUUGAAGCCAAAA